GCUCGAGGGGCCCGCGGGGUGGCGUGGCGCCGCGCCGCGGCCGCGCCGCGGCCCAGCCUCGCGGCGGCGCCGCAGCCUGGCUUGCGCCCCGGUGGCCGAACUCCAUCCACGUCCGUGUCGAACCACUACCUCUCUAUUUUCGCCUCGAGGGCCGAGCGCAACCUCGUGAACCUCGCCAUCCCGCGCGCAUGGUGCUGCUCGCAAGCCUGGGCACGGAGCAGCUCGUGGCCGCCGCGUCGGGCGCGCUGCAGUCGCAGGGCGCGCUCGCGUCCGCGGCGGCGGCCGCCGAGAUCGCCGCGAUCGGCGUGAACACCUGGGGCGCCAGUCUCGGCCUCGCGGCGUGCGCCGCCGGAGUCGGCGCGGGUGCAGUGGCCGCCGCCGCGGGGAAGUUGCGGUGCGGCGCCGACGGUCAGGCGGACGAUUGCCCCGGCGGCAACUGACGCCCACCGAAGGAGGAGACUGUCCAGGCGGUUCCUCAAGGCACGUCGUGGGGUAUGCUGGCGACGCCCGUGGCGAUGUCCCUGAUGUCAAUUCCGGCGCUGCUGGGUAGCUGAUGUUGGCCUCUGCUGAUCGCCGUCUCCUUCGGGGCGUCGGGAGUGUCGACGGCGAAGACUCGAGCGGUGUCGCACUCGCUGUCCUGGGGGUUGCACAUCGGGGCGCUGGGAGCCCUGGCGGUGUACGUGUUCGCGCGCACCCCCGGCGACCGCGCGUCGUCGCACCCGCUGAUCCGCUGGGCUCCGUUCGUGCUCGUCGUGCUGGGGUCCCUCAUGGUGCUGCUGGACCUGACGCGCCACGUGCUCCUGGACCAGAACGUCGCGCCAGUCCACCUCCACAUGUACAACAAGGACGG